AUGGUUUGGAGCCGAAUGAAGGACAUAAGCGACAAAUCUCACAUCAGAAGUCGCUGGUGCAUCACUCUGAGGAUCACUCCGCUGCUAAAGCCGAGCUCAGAGCCACACGAUCGGGGGAACAUGGCGUUCACAUUCGCGGCCUUUUGUUAUAUGCUCGCUCUCCUGCUCACGGCGGCGUUAAUAUUCUUCGCUAUCUGGCAUAUUAUUGCGUUUGACGAGCUGAAGACCGAUUACAAGAACCCUAUAGAUCAGUGUAACACGUUAAACCCGCUGGUGCUUCCCGAGUACCUGAUCCACUUCUUCUUCUGUGUGAUGUUUUUCUGUGCGGCGGAAUGGCUCACGCUCUGCCUCAACCUGCCGCUUUUCGCUUAUCACGUCUGGAGGUACAUGAGUCGCCCGGUGAUGAGCAGUCCGGGCCUGUACGACCCGACCACCAUCAUGAAUGCUGACAUUCUGGCCUACUGUCAGAAAGAAGGAUGGUGCAAACUGGCUUUCUACCUUCUCUCCUUCUUCUACUAUCUCUACGGAAUGAUCUACGUGCUGGUGAGCUCCUAA